AUUUUUUUUUUGCUUGUUAAUACACUGUCUUUAGAUGCUGAACAGCAUCAAAGUAUUAAGAUGCUAUCUGGCAGCUGAUGAGAUUUAAGGAAUUAGGAUUUAGUAAAUCCCGUAAAUCUGGAUUUACUAAAUGCUGAAUGGAUUAAAUCCGGAAAUCUGUCUGGCAACGGAUUUAUUAAAUCCUGUAAAUCCAAUAGAACUGUUUUGACAAUUUCCGCAAGGAUUUAAGAAGUUGUUAUGUCUGUUGGAGACAGUUUGAAGCCCACGAAGUUAAAUUCCAAGCCCCGUGAAGUUAAAUUCAUCGGUUUGUUGGAUUUUGAAUUUUCGAAAUUUACAGUCAAAAUUCGUGGAAUCUGGAUUUAUGGCAUUCGAGGAUUUAUUCUGUCCAAAAUGAUCGUCUGGCAGGAUGCUGCUUAAAUCCUGCAUAAAUCCUGGGUUAAAUUCGUUGCGAGACAGCCCCUAAAUGUUUUGAUGGAUUGCUUGACAUCAUAUCCUUUGGUGUUAUGUGACACCUGGAAACUGCUCUGAUAGGUGAAGGUUCACACCUCAGUCACUAUUGCCACAAAUCUUUGCAGCAAACGUUUGUGGGAGAGCAAGGAUGCCUUUACAAUAUCGUGUCUGCCAUGUUGGCUUUCCUGAGUGCUGAUAGUCAAUUUGUUCGUCAUGUGGCUGGAAACAUUCUUUUAUCCAUCUCCGACUUCUUGAUCAAACAUGAAUGCUUAUGGGCCAAGCUGCUUCGGUUGAUCUGGUUUAUUUUGGAAGAUGCCAUGUCAGCAAUUUUUUCUCAUCCUGAGUUAUCAGCUCCAGCUGUUAUUCAAUUAGAUGACAAAUUGUUGCCUGAUGAACAAAAUUUAGGAGAUAUUACUGAAGAUCAAAAUUUGCAAUCUGCAAGAUUUCUUGCACUUCUUAAGUCCAGAUUGUUCAAUGUGAAUCAGUUUAUUGUUUUGCACCUAUUUCAAACUCUGCGGAAUAUACUGAAAUCAUUGAAACAUGAUUUUGUUGAGCUUGAAGAAGUUUUUAUCCAAUGUGCCGUUUCUUCUCUGAUAAAAAUGCCUUGGGAUAUGUUGUUUGAAGUCUUUAAUUGCUGCUAUAGAAGUCAGAUAAGUUUUCAGAGGGUUGAUGAAUCAGAUAUUAGAAGUUCUUACAUAGCAAUGAAGAAUCUUCUUUUUGGAACAAUACUUCAGUUAUAUUGUUCUAUUAUCGAGGUAUAUGAUUUUGAAGCUGAUGGCACCAGUCCCUUUAAAGAAUUUUCAGUUUAUUCAAAGUUCAGUGAUUUAUUGCCUAAACUCCUUUCAUGUUGUUUCAUUAAUUACUUGGGAAAUAGCAGAGAGUCUCUUUUUGAGUAUUUGAGACACAAAUUAUUGAUUACGAUGAUCAGACUUAGUUCUCACAGCCACUGGAAAAACACUUGCCCUGAAUCUUGGCUCAAACUCCUUAAUCAGUUUUUUGGAGAAAUUCUGCACGGAUCCUUCUCAGGAUGUGAUGCUGGUUUUGAAAAUUGUCUAAGAGAGUCUCCAUUUUUAUCCCAUUUCGUCAAAGGAGACAAAUUUUACUCUAGGCAUCUGCAGAGACAGACUAUUUUCCUUCUGUUUAAAUUUUCUUUUACAAUAGCUUGUGUCGGUGAAAUUAGUAAGGAAUGUUCUUUUGAAGAAGAAAUCACUUCUUCUGGCUUGAAACACUGUAGGAAUCCUUGCCAUUUUGGUUUACUAGAAAUUUCUGUAUGGCUUAAGAGAUGGUGUCCCAUGGACAAGUUUCACAACUGCAGAAACUAUUCUGGAUCGUGCAGCUAUUUUGCUACGUCUUUUCUUCAGCUUUAUAUGGAAGAGGAUGACUUGUUAUUCAAAAUGCUGUUACUGUUGCUUGAUGCGCCAUUUUUUACGUGGCAGAAGGAGGACAGUGAAAAACAUGGAUCUAUUGGAGCUAAUAAAGACAUUUUAUGCCAUUUUUCGAGUAUAUUUUGUCCCAUUCGUCUUUUCCACCUUUUCCUUCUGUUGCUACAUUAUGAUCACUCGGUUCUGGUGGAUUAUCUUAUCUCAAAAGAUGUAGGAAUUCAAUGCUUACACUAUCUUUUGAGGUGCUUACGUUUGAUAUACAAGUCAUGGCCUGCCUUUAUGCAGUUCUCUUUGUUAGGAAAUGAAAGUGAUUAUCGUUAUCACAAAAGGAGGAAGAUUCCUCCAGAUGAGGAUGAGAGUCCUACACUUUUGUCUUCAACAACUGCAUUCCAAGGACAAAUUAUGUGGAGACUAAAAUAUUUUCAGUGCGUUUACGAAGCCGGUGAUUUACAUGCUUUUGAAAAGGCCAAAGGAUGCUUGCAUUCUUUAAGGAUAUCCCUUGGAGAGCUUCAGAAUAAAAGUUUGUUUCCCUACGAUUGUAAACCUCUUCUCAAAAGUCUGGACAGGUUUCUGGAGCUUACAUGACGUAUCAUCUGCAACCAGACAUAAUGGCAAAUAGUAAUUGGGAUGAAAGUUCUUGAUUUGUUCAGUAGUACGUACGAGGAGAAAACAUGAAAUCAGCUCAAAGGAGUUCUCCUCGCUAUGAGGCUAAGGUGCCAUUGACAUUUCUGAUUCUUGACGUGCAUGAUAAGAGAAAGAAGUAUCCUUAUUGGAUUAUUUCUAUUUUGCACUUUGAACAAAAAUAUUUGUAUGUGAAGACAUGCAAUUAUUGAUAUGUUCAGUAGUAAGAGGAGAGAGGGCAUUGCAUUGCGUUAUGCACGCAGCACACUAUACAAGUUAAAAAAGGAGUUUCUAUCACAGGCACUGUGGAGGGAGUGCGGUGGUACGGGGCAUCACAACACAUGAAGAGAUUGAGCCGCCAAAGCGGUUGAUGGAAAAGAACUCAACAAUGCAAGAAAGAUAUGCUUCAGGAUUUCUCGACAUAGGGAUGAAAUUCGAACUUUGGCAGCGCAUCGUUAGUAUCAGUUCUUUGAUCGGGAAGCAGAUAUCGUUCACGAUUUCUCGACUUCGGAAUCUACUAUUCCCUAAAUCUUUCAGCUGGAGUAAACUUUUUUCUAUCAGAGUGUUAAGGGACUUUAAAUUCUUCCGGCGGAACUCCGGGAAGAACCCUACCACCGACGCAAACAACGAGAAUCUUCCACUAGAGCAGACUGUUUCAUCUGCAUCUCAGCAGGAUGCGGAAUCCUCAAGACUUCCUUUUAGCGCCAUUCAAGAAGCCGAGCGAAACCCUAGGUUCGGACUGGAUCAAGAAACGCAUUUUAGGAGAAAGAGCGAGAAACCCAUUCCAAGAGCCAAGCAAAAGGGUCGGAUCAGUUCUUCCAGUCACGCACGCAGGAUAAAUUGCCGGCGAGCAAGAGCAGGUCUGGAUGGGUUCCGAUUGUCGAACAGGCCGGAUUGGCUUCUCCGGAGCGAAGGGAGUAUUCGCUCCAUCAGGAACAAUUCCAGGUGCCGCCCCCACCACCUCUUAUGGCAAACCAUGCGCUGCGCUUCGGGAAUGGUUACAGUGCUGCUACUCCUCGCUCUAUAGCAACGGGUGGGAGAGCCUCAUCGGUUCAUUCUGGUACAAGCUCGACGCAAAGCACGCCCACCAAGAGUGUUUCUAAGCCCAUGAUCAAUGGGGUUAGCAACUCUCGUGCUCCACAGUGUUGUGGAACUGUCAAGGCUAUGAAUUUUUUGGUAUCAUCUAAAGGGAUACCAUUGUCAACUGCACCUCCACCAGUUUAUGCAUCAGUUGAAGUACCACAUUUUGAGCUCAAGGAGGAUCCCUCCUUCUGGAUGGAUCACAAUGUACAGGAUCUUUGUUUGACUUCUCCUGAAAAAGUGUCUUGUUCAUGUAGCACAAAGCAUGUUGAAGAAGUUUUGUAUCUAGAACAAGAGUUAGACAGACUGAAGACGAUUAUUGCAGUAGAGAAAUCAUCUCGCGUUGAGGCAGAAGAAAGAGCAAUUCUUUCAGAAACUGAGCUAAGCAUAACAAAUGAUAAGCUCCUGCUGAUAAGUAAGAGAUAUGAUGCAACAAUAGACAAAUUGAAUGACACAAGGUCUGUCAUUGAAGCCCUUGAAUCCCAACAAAUGCUUUCAAAUAAUGAACUUGAGGAACUGAGAGAGAAUAACAAUCAACUUGCGGAUAUCAUGAAGAUACAGGAGCAACAGAUCUCCACAAUGAAGAAAGAACUUGCCUACGAACUUCAUCCAUUUCUCUUUCACUAGGGUGAGAUGCCUGGUCACUUUGAUGCCUCAUGUUCAGGUUCCAAGCUUUUUCUAGAGAAGCUUGCACUCUUUUCAGUUUAUCCUGAAAGGGAGAAGAGCACUCACUUUCAGAUAUACCAUUGUCAUCUGCACCUCCACCAGUUUAUGCAUCAGUAGAAGUGCCACAUUUUGAGCUCAAGGAGGAUCCCUCCUUCUGGAUGGAUCACAAUGUACAGGAUCUUUGUUUGACUUCUCCUGAAAAAGUGUCUUGUUCAUGUAGCACAAAGCAUGUUGAAGAAGUUUUGUAUCUAGAACAAGAGUUAGACAGACUGAAGACGAUUAUUGCAGUAGAGAAAUCAUCUCGCGUUGAGGCAGAAGAAAGAGCAAUUCUUUCAGAAACUGAGCUAAGCAUAACAAAUGAUAAGCUCCUGCUGAUAAGUAAGAGAUAUGAUGCAACAAUAGACAAAUUGAAGGACACAAGGUCUGUCAUUGAAGCCCUUGAAUCCC